UGCAACACUAAUAAGUUUAUUUAUUGUUAUUUAUCUUUUUUUGCAUUAAACAAUAAAAGCUCAGCUAGACAAAAGAGUUAACCGUGGAAUUUUCGACAUUUCCAAAUAAAUAACACAAGGAAGCUGCUAAAUUAAGGAAACAGCUGAUGACUGAUAAUACAGAUGGGGUAUGCACCGCGAAUAAGGGAUAAAACAACCCUCAAGUGGGAAAAAACGAGGGUUUGCUGCUCAGUUGCGAUUUGCAUGUGCCGUGGAGAUAAGGUGCUUCUCUGCGCCGCUUGAUUCUGCGACAGCAAAAGAAAUUCCCAACCGUGGAGCAACAACAAAUGCUGCAAUAUAUACAUCACUAGCCGCGUCCCCGCACCGCUGCCUCCACCCCCACAAAGGCCGUAAUGUGUUGGACGUUGUGAAAUAGUAAUACUCACCAUUCUACAUCGACAUUCGUCAUCCGGAAGCGCGGAACCGUGGAAAUCACCCUUUAGGAUGGCCCUCGCCAGUGCCGCCGCCGCCCUCUUGAAGGGUUCCCAGACGCCUCUGCAGCAGCUCCUGGAGGACAUCAACUUCCAGCGCACCAAGGAGAUGCGCCAGCUGCUCAAGGAUGAUGGCGGUUUCGUGGUCCUACAGGGCACCACCUACUGGACGGACCUGUUCGUGCGCCAUUUCCUCUUCCAGACAGAGCCCGUGCACAGCAUCGACUCUGACGACUUGCUCUUCUUCGUGCGCAAAAAGCACGUGAAGAGCUCCUCACGCCACAUGCCAAAAUUUGAGACUGAGGUGGAGGUAUUCCGCAAGGACUCGCGCAAGCUGCCCAUCGGCGAUCCCGAUGUGGACUGGGAGGAGACGGUUUAUCUCAACAUGGUCAUUCAUCAGUUCGAUUACACGUUGACACUGGCCAUUUGUACCAGGACGUCACCAAAGGAGCUGCAAGUGCUGAGGAGGCAUUCGCAAAGGGUCUACGCAAGUCCCAGUCGUCGGAAGAUGGACACCAAGGGCGAGGGCGAGGAGAUCACGUAUCCGCACAUCUGCUUCAUGGUCGAUAAUUUCGACGAGGUGUUUAGCGACAUUUUGGUGCGCGACGGGGAGAUGGUGUGCGUCGAGCUGGUGGCCAACGACAAAGAUGGAGCAGUUCAAGGGGUCAUCUUCUUGGGGUCCAUACGCUAUGAUGCCUUGAAAAAGGUGUACGAUGCCAGGCAAUCCAGUCUGAGUUCCAAGGUGGCGCAACGCAUGUCCUUUGGCCUGUUCAGCAGUGGAGCUGGUGUCCAAACGCGCUGUGAGUUUGUCCGGAUGAAGGGACCUCAGGGAAAGGGCCACGCCGAGAUGGCGGUGACCAAGCCAAAAGGAUCCGGUGUGGAGACACCCACCAGCGAGCCAGGAUUCUGUGCCACGGACAUGUGGGACGAGUGGGAGGAGGAGAACGACGACUAUUGCACCUAUCGACAUCAGCGACGACUCAGCGAUCCGAGCGCCAAUCUCAAUAACUUCUCACGCUACGGGUGGCGUACGAAGAACUCGAAUAACCAGGAUAUGGUGGGCAGUGGCACCAGUCCCAGUGUGGGCGCCAAGGCGCGAUCGGAGAACGAGGGACUGGACUCGCUGGCUAGCGAGGUGUCAGAAAUCGAGGCUGGAGAUUUGCGCGACGAUCAGCAACGUCCUGCUUUCUCGGCCUCUGCGGCAAAACUGCACCCAAAUCCGAACUGCGAGACACACAAACUCGCGACUGGUGACCAAGAAAAGUUGCCCCAAGAAUCUCCCAAUGAGGGAACUUCCUCCGCUCCAGCGGGAGCCGCUGUUCCUGCUGUUACUCCGCCCCCAUUGAGUGCCGCCGUGGAGGUCACAGUUGCCGGCGACAACAGCGGUACUGGACAAAGCUCAACCACGGGCUGCAAUUGCUUUGGUGGCAAAAAGUGUAAGAAGCGCUGGGCGUCGGCCAAGAACACGGACACCCCGGAAAUGUCCGAGGUAUACUGCCCCAGUUGCGAGGAUCCGUCCAACGAGUCGCCCGCCUGUCUGGCCAAGAUGCCCGACAAGCGGCCCACCCGUCUCAAGCCCAAGAGCAGCAUCCUGAGUGUGGAGAGCGAGUUGCUCGUGGGCAAAAGAAGCAGUUUCCGGCUACCAUCGGAGACCAAACGCAAGCAACAGGGCGGAAGCAUUACGAGGAGUGCCUCCCUGAGUGCCGCUGAUCGCAGGACCAGUCUCCCGGUGGCCACCAAAAGGAUCAUACCUCCAAGACUGCGCACGGCCAAAGCCAAGGAUCUCGAGAAGGACAAGGAGAAGGAAAAGGAUAAAAACAAGGAGAACGACAAGAAGUCUUCAAAUCAGAAGGUCAACGGUUCAGCGACCAACUUCCUGGCCAAGAUGUCGCCCAAGCGGCUUAAAGCCGGCAAAGAGAAGGACAAGGACAAAUGUGGCGACAAGGAGAAGGAAAAGGAUAAAGGCAAAGCGAUUGAUGCGGCUAAGAAGAAAGCUGUUAAUAAUAACAAUCCAAGGCCCGACACUUCCAAAACGGAGGAGUACGAGAUCGCCGAUGAUGCUACCUCCCUGAAUGGAAGUGAAUCUGAAGCAGUUGGAGCUGCCAAGAUGGUCAUCCUAAGUGAGAGCGACAGCAAGCUGAUGAUUAGUGUGCGUGGACGAGAAGAGCUGCCGGUGGUGGAUUCUCCCAAGAACCCACCAAAACGUUUUGAAAAGUGUGUCGGCUUGCCAGUGGAGCCGGAGAAUCAUCCGCUGCAGCCGGACGAGAACAAUGAGAACGAGCAGAGCGAUAUCACAAACGUGAUAUCGCCCACGGAACUUACACCCAUGCUGGAUGUGGCCAAUGGCAAUGAGCAUGUCACCAGUGCUACUCUUCCGAGAACAGCCAAGCAAGCUCACGUCAGCAAGAUGCUGCAUUUGGUGCCCAAGCGCCGAACACCCGAUGGCACUAACAUCUACUAUUGGUGCGAUGUGCCCAAAAAGGCAAUAAAAGAGCUCGACGAUGGCGCUUAUAAUCCCCUGUGGACUAGUCGAGGCUUCACGCAAUCUUUUCAUUUCUGGAAGGAGAAUAGAAGACAGCAGUCAACGCCGCUCAAUGCAUUCCUCACUUAUGUGACACUGCCCUGGUGGAGCAUUGCAAAAGAUCUCUUGGAUCACCGGGAAACGCCUAUUCUGACCUUUUAGUAUUAACUUAAUCUGCAAUUGUGAUUUAUAUGCUUUAUAGUUCUCUCGUGUAUUCCCUAUUUAUCGAUCGAAUGCCAACUGUGUGAUCAGUCCCAGUUUGAUUUAUCAGUAUAGUUGCUAUGUUCUCGACCAAUGUUGAGUUUCCUAAGGCGCAACCUCACGAAUCAUACUAUUUCGUGAGCGGAAAGCAAACCUACAAAUUUAUGAACUACAAACUACGAUAGUGAACUCUGUUACCGAUGAUAUGGAAAUAUAUAAUUGUAAUAUUAUUUGUAAAUUGUACGGCAACAUUUAUACCACGAAAUAUAUAAAGAAUAGAAAAGA